AUGGGAACCGUUCGACACCACACCAAAUCGCGGCGAGGCUGUGUCAACUGUAAAACUAGGCGUGUCAAGUGCGACGAAGCGAAACCUGCGUGCGCAGCUUGUACUCGUCGAGGCGAUGAGUGCACCUACGUAUCGCGUGUGAAGCAGACGUCUGGCACCGAGACAGCAUGUUCAUCUACAGCUUCAUCAAACACCACUCCUCUUGGGGGUACAUCUAGCGAUCUCAUCUAUGAUACGCAUAAGGAAGUGCCCAGGUGCUUCGACUACAGCGGGAAGAAUAUGAUGCAGCUUCGGUUGAUGCAUCAUUACGGAACUGUUACCGUGAGAAACUUUGCGGAAGCUUUCAUGUUGCAAGGUUGGAUCCUCCACGGUCUCCAGGUUGACAUACCUCUACUUGCCUUUGAACACCCAUUUCUCCUCGACACAGUUCUCCUUGUGGCCAUGAUACACAUGGCGAGUAUGGAUAAUCAUUCAGUCAACACGUUGGACGUGGCAAAAUACCGAAACCAAGCGAUUUGCGCCAUUCGAGAGGAGCUCAACCACAUCUCGGAGAAGAAUAUCCGCGCCAUCCGCGCGUCGUCCCUGCUCUUGGCGACGACAUCCUUUGCGGCCGAUAGGGUUACGGGAUACUCGGGGAUAUGGCUCACAAACUUUUUGGCACUCAACAUUGGCUCUCGCACUUUCAUGCCGCCUCGCGGAGCUGGCGGUCAAGCCUACGAAGAUAUCCGUCGAUUAAACGUUGCCGCCAUCACAAGGCCCUUUGGAGGCCCACAGACCACUUCUUCGAUACCGCCGAGUCUAAAAGAAGCCCUACACAUGGACCAGGAUGACGGCGACUGGGCAUAUCGCGAGGACCUUCAACGGGCAGCAUCGGGAAUUGGUAUACUCUUCGAGACACUACACCAAUUAUCCGUGCCAUUGAUUGUCUCCCAACUCAAAGCUUGGCCAUUUUUAUACAUUUCAGAAGCCUUUGUCCAACUGGCCCGUGAAGAACGACCAAGAGCACUGAUACUAAUGGCCUACUAUCUUGCAUUUAUGCAAUACUUCCCAGAUAUCUGGCUGUAUGAGGAUGUUGCGAGAGAGGAUUUGGAGAAAAUUACGAAAUUACUAGGACCUCAAUGGCACGAAUCCUUGUCUAUUCCACUGGAGACGGUACGAAUAGAGGAAGAAUCUUUGAUGACAGAGUAUUCUUUGUUGACAGAGUAUCUCGUCAACCAGGUGCCAAAAAUGGCACACGAAGAAGUACCAACGGCCGACCUGUGGCCAGACAGUUAUGAACUCAACAAAUCGUCGUAA